CGGGCACCAAAACAAAAAAUUUGAAUUUAUGGGAUGCAGGAAAUUAAAAAAAAACAUUCUUCUGCCAUUAUUAAUAUUGAAAUUAUAACAUAGGAAAAUUAGAUGCAGAAAAUGAUUAGAAUAUUUAAGAUGAUGGUGAUACCAAAAUGAAUAAAGAUCGUCAAUUGAAACAAGUACAGCUUAUAUAUAUCUCCAUCCUCAAUCCAUAUCUCUAUUACUUGGCGUUUUGAUAAAAAUGAACUUCGAUCUCUUUCUUUAACCUGAGCUGCACUCGUAGUUGGCUAACUAAGUCAAUACAUACGUAACUACGUUGACAGUUGAAACCAUGGAGAUUUCUGUGACUUCAUGUUUCACUAUAUUAUUUCUGAUUCUCCUACCCUUCUCUUCUUGCCUUUCCCUCUACACCAUUACUCCAAACCAACCUCUCAAAGAUGGCGACAUUUUGAUCUCUACCCAAAAUAAAUUCGCACUUGGAUUCUUUAGCCUGGGAAAUUCCCGCAACCGCUAUGUCGGAAUGUGGUACCACCAAAUUCCCGAACGAACCAUCGUUUGGGUAGCUAAUAGAGACAAUCCUCUAAGUGAUAAAUCCGGAGUUUUGGCCGUCGAUAGUCAUGGGCUAACUCUCUUUGGUAAAAAUGGAAGCUCUUCUUUUUGGUCAGUCAAUGUUUCGGUCCCUUUAGCAAAUAAUUCCAUGGCUAAGCUUUUAGAUGUGGGAAAUCUCGUUUUACUUCACAAUAACACUGGACAGAGUCGUCCUUUAUGGCAGAGCUUUGAUCACGCAACAGAUACCCUGCUUCCUUCAAUGAAAUUUGGAUGGAACCGAGUCACCGGGUUAGACAGCAUUCUUACCUCUUGGAAGUCGACAAACGACCCGGGAACCGGAAACUACUCAUACUGGUUCGACCAGAAUGGGUAUCCGCAAUUGUUCUUGAGUGAGGGACGGGUUCCACGUUGGCGGGCUGGAUCGUGGACCGGUACUCGGUGGAGCGGUGUACCCCAAAUGGCAGUAAGGUUCAUAUUCAAUGUCAGCUUUGUGCACAAUCAUGACGAAGUCUCAUACAUAUAUCGUCUCCACAACGACUCGAUUCUCACGAGGCUUGUGGUUGAUGAAUUAGGAACUGUUUACAGAUCCACGUGGCUGGAUAAAGAGCAACGAUGGCUGAAGUUUUAUUCGGCGCCGACCGAGACGUGUGAUCCGUACGAGUUUUGUGGGCCUAAUGGGUUAUGUGACCCUGUCAACAAGGAUGGGUUUGAGUGCUCCUGUCUACCCGGGUUUGAGCCAAAGUCGCCCAAGGACUGGUUACUAAGAGAUGGUUCAGGUGGUUGUGUGAGGAAGCCAGAGCUGAAUCGCAUGUGUGGGGACGGGGAAGGGUUUGUGAAGUUUGUAGGUGUGAAGGUACCAGACACAUCGAAGGUUCAUGUGAAUAUGAGUAUGAGUUUGAAAUCGUGUGAGGAAGAGUGCUUCAGGAAUUGUACGUGUGUGGCUUACUCUAGUGCAACUGUAAGCGAUGGUCCGAUUGGGUGCUUGACAUGGCACGGUGAUUUGGUGGACGCAAGGACUUAUUCUAAUUCAGGCCAAGAUUUUUAUGUGCGAGUUGAUUCCAUUACUCUAGCUCAAUAUUUGAAGAAGUCAAAAAAGAACUCUAUAAGCAAAAUUGGGAAGCUGGGAAUUGGGUUGAGUUCGUUUGCAAUACUAGUUCUCUUUCUAUUUUUUAUAUAUUGGUGGCGAAAGAGAAAAAACAAAGUGAAAGAGCAACGGAGCAAGUAUGGUUAUACAAGUCAAAAUAUCUUUUUGAAUGAUAUUUCUGGAAAAAAUGAGUUUGAUGAUAGUAUAAAUUCAGAGUUGCCACUCUUUGAUCUGAAUACUAUAGCUGCAGCCACUGACAAUUUUUCCAUUAAUAACAAACUUGGAGAAGGUGGCUUUGGCCCCGUUUAUAAGGGUGUGUUUGACGAUGGAAAGGAAAUAGCAGUGAAAAGACUAUCAAAUACCUCUGGCCAAGGAAUUGAGGAGUUUAAGAAUGAAGUGUUGCUAAUUUCGAAGCUCCAACAUAGGAACCUAGUCAGGAUUCUAGGUUGUUGCGUUCAAGGAGUGGAGAAGAUGUUAAUCUAUGAAUACUUGCCAAACAAAAGCUUGGACGUUUUCAUUUUUGAUGAAGAGAAAAGAAAACUAUUAGAUUGGAGAAAACGAUUUGACAUCAUUUCUGGUGUUGCUCGAGGGAUGAUGUAUCUUCAUCAUGAUUCAAGAUUGAGAAUCAUCCAUAGAGAUUUAAAAGCCAGCAAUGUUCUUCUAGAUGCAAAUUUGAAUCCCAAAAUUUCAGAUUUUGGCAUGGCUAGAAUAUUUGGAGGAGAUGAAAUUGAAGUAAACACCAAUCGAGUGGUUGGAACAUAUGGUUAUAUGUCACCAGAGUAUGCUAUGGAAGGACGAUUUUCAAUAAAGUCAGAUGUAUACAGUUUUGGAGUUAUGGUGCUAGAGAUAAUUAUUGGCAAAAAGAAUACUGGCUACUACGAUAAGAAAUUAGACUCCAAUUUGAUUGAGCAUGUUUGGGAUUUGUGGAAAGAAGGCAGGGCCUUGGAAAUAAUGGACUCAUUCAUAGAUGAAAUAUUUGGAGGCACAGUAUUGAGAUGCAUUACAAUUGGGCUGUUAUGCGUACAAGAGUAUGCCAUUGAUCGACCGACCAUGUCAGAAGUUGUUUUAAUGUUGAGUAAUGAGGCAAAACUUGUUAAUCCAAAACAGCCUGCAUUUGUAUGUAAAAGAAGUUACACUAUGUAUACUUCAAGUUCACAUACAGGUCUAUCAACUAGUGAAGGACAUAACUCAGUGAAUGAUGUCACUUGUACUAUGGUAGAAGCUCGUUGAAUAUGCUAUACUAUAGUUAAUUUAUUUGGAAUUCAAUAUAUGUAAUAUAAAUGCAACUCUAAAUUAUUUGUAUGUUAUUAGAAUUAUAAUAUUUCGUA